CAACAUCCGGCGCUAGUCCGUCUCCUAGAGGUUUCCAGUAAGAAACUACUUCCGGUGUUUUACGCUUGCGCAGGAGGCACUUUCCAGCCCUUUUAAUUCCGAUGUUAUACAUUUCCACUCGGCCAACGGACUGCAGGAAAAGGAUGGUGACAGACGCUCUGAGGAGAUUCUGCUCCAGUGGGCGCAGUGAAGCAAGUGGUUCCGCGACGGUGGCGGCAAAGCCAGGGAUGUGGGUGCGACUGGGUAUUUGGGCCCGCGCGCUGCUGCGAGAUUACGCCGAGGCGUGCGGAGACGCGGCGGCCGCGGCCCGUGCCCAACCAGCCCGCGCGGCCGUGUAUGUUGGGCUACUGGGCGGCGCCGCGGCCUGCUGUGCCCUGGCACCCAGUGAGACGGUCUUCGAGGAGGCCUUGCUCGACGCGUCGGGGUCUCUCUUGCUGCUGGCGCCGACCACUCGCAACCGCCACUCGGAAGCGUUUUUGCAGCGCCUGCUGUGGCUGAAAGGCCGCGGGCGACUGCGCCACGUGAACCUGGGACUCUGCUCGCUGGUGUACGAGGCGCCCUUCGAUGCCCAGGCCAGCCUCUACCAGGCCCGCUGCCGCUACCUGCAGCCACGCUGGAUCGACUUCCCCGGCCGGGUCCUCGACGUGGGCUUCAUGGGCCGUUGGUGGGUCCUGGAGAACCGCAUGCGUGAUUGCGACAUCAACGACGACGAGUUUCUCCACCUUCCUGCACACCUCCGCGUCGUCGGGCCCCACCAUCUGCACUCUGAGGCCAACGAGAGGCUGUUCGAGGAGAAGUUCAAGCCGGUCGUGCUCACCGAUGACCAGGUGGACCAGGCGCUGUGGGAAGAGCAAGUGUUGCAGAAGGAGAGAAAGGAUAGACUGGCGCUGAGAGAGGCCGAUUCACUGGUGCAAUCCGGGGUUUCCAGAUGAAGCCCAAGGAGCUCCCACAUCUCCAGGCUCAGGCAAACUGUUGGCCAUGGAUGAUGCAGUGGAUGAGAUGGAGAUGAACCCCACUCACUGUGGUUUUGAGGGACUGCUUCCCCAGUAGCUGAAGCUGAUUGAAAGCCUUCCUGGCCUUGGAGAUGGAGCAUGUGACUGUUGUGUUUGUAACCACCAGGGCUAUGAGUAGGGAGCCUGUAUCGUGUAGCCUGUUGUACCUGGGAAUUGUCCUUCAGUGCUUGAGCACUUGGUUAGCUUAGUCUGGCUUCCGUUCUCAGCACUGCAAGACAGAACAAAAAUGAACUUUUGUUUUGGGGUUAUUGUUUAUUUGGUUGGUUUUUGAGGCCAGGAUUCCCAUAUGGCCUAGACUGCCCCUGAAUCCUGCCUGAGCUCCAGUCCACCACAGUGUAUCUACGUAGCCCAUGUGUAAGUCCUGUUCAUGGGGCUACAAAGACAUCCUGAUUGCCAGUGACUCCCAAGAUCUUAAGACCGUUCACAUAUCCACAUUCUUUUUCAAGUGUUUAUAUGAAUUUUUAAGGAAGAUCUGGCUGUGUUGCCCAGGCUAGUCUAGAGUUCAUGGGCACAAGUGGACCUUCCAGGAGCUGGAUAGCUCAAUAUUCAAGAGUACUGACUGCUUUUCCCUUCCGGAGGGGAGAGCCUUGAUUCACAUCUCCUUGUCCUCAUAGGGGUUCACAAACAUCUAUAACUCCAGUUCAGGGAAUCCGACCUUUCUCUUCUGAAUUCCUUGUGCAUUAGGCAGGCAUGUAUUGUACAGACGUGUGUGCAGACAAAACACGCACUUUUAAAAAACGAUCCUCCCAGGGGCUGGAGAGAUGGCUCAGAGGUUAAGAGCAUUGCCUGCUCUUCCAAAGGUCCUGAGUUCAAUUCCCAGCAACCACAUGGUGGCUCACAACCAUCUGUAAUGGGGUCUGGUGCCCUCUUCUGGCCUACAGACAUACAUGGAAGAAAUGCUGUAUACAUAAUAAAUAAAUAUUUUUUUAAAAAAUGACCCUCCUAAAUAGCCUUCCAAGGUUGAGACUACGAUCCUGUACCACAGUGGCCAGCCUCAGAUGAUUCUUUUUUAGUUGUAGCUGAGAUGUGCUUGUUUGGGUUUUUGUUUGUUGUAGGCUUUGGUUUGGUUUGAGACAGUGUCUGGAAUUGGCUAUGAAGAACAGUCUGACCUUCAACUCACAGAUAACUGCCUCUGAAAUUUGAAUUAUUAUUAUUUUUUGGUUUGAUUUGUCUCUGAAACAUGUUCCCACAGCCCAGACCAGCCUCAAAAUCAGUAUGUAGUAAAGGAUAACUGAAUGAUCCUCUUGGCUACAUGUCCCAAAUGGAGGGUGAAAUGUUUCUGUUGUAUUAUUGUUGAAUACAUUUCAUUUGUCUUGUGCUAGUAGACAAACCCUGUA